AUGACUGCCCAGGGCCAGAACUCUCCCUCGGAUGACAAUAUUCUGGGACAUACUCUGUCUAUCGAAACCCCCAAAUUGGCCCCCAACGGAACCAUCUGUGACACGGCCAACAAGUACUGGAUGCUGGUGGAAAAGACCGUCGUCGCAGUCCCAAAAUCCUCAGACACGAACGCACACAUUUUCACCCUAAUGCCAAACAGAGACCACACAGCUGCGGAGAAGGGGAAGCCUGUUUACAUUGGAAUCCAGAAUGGAGACCUGUGUUUGUGCUGCGAGGACUCUGGGGGCCAACCCGUGCUGCAGGUGAAGGACAAGAAGAUCAUGGACCUAUACAACAAUGGGGACGAGUCGAACCGCUUCAGAUUUUAUCAGAACACAUCCGGGUCGAACACGCACAGCUUUGAAUCGGUGGCUCACCCCGGCUGGUUCAUCUGCACCUCCCCGCACACCGAGGAGCCCGUCGGCCUGACGGACAAACGGGGAGAAACCCAUUUCACAGACUUUUGUUUUGAAGUUAAAUAA